AUGCAGUCUACUCGCGAUGACCCAAUUGUCAUAGAACGGCGAAUGAAAUUUGAUGAUCUUGCAUGGGAAAAAAGCGACAAUGUUUCCAGAAGCUGGAGAGAUAAUCUCUUUAAUGAAAAAGUUUUUCGAGAGAUUGGGGGGUUCAUUAUCCGGCACAGAGGUGGUCCAGCAGAAGAACUUUUCAACCCACAGAAAGGUUCUUUUAAUAUAAUGUUCCGCAUGAAGUUUUUGGAUGGUGGUUCUGCUAUCAUUCGCUUUCCAAUCCCUGGGAUUUCUAUGUUUCCGGAAGAGAAGGUGCAAAGAGAAGUGUCCGUAAUGCGAUUUAUUGAGCGGCAUACCAGUAUACGUAUCCCUCAUGUCCUUCAUUAUGGCAUGACUGAAGGCAGUCCAGCUGGACUCGGCCCGUUCAUUGUCAUGGAAUAUAUCGAGAACGACUCUGAUCUUGUUGACGCACUCAAUACCCCAGGUCUGCCGGAUGAUGAGCGGUGUGUUCUGGAUCCAAAUAUUCCAGAAGAUCGACUACGAUCAGUGUACGGUGAUCUGGCGGAUAUCCUGCUCCAGCUCGCCAGGAAAUCAUUCAAUGAGAUUGGUUCCAUCGCAAACCAGGAAGAUGACGAAUUUGAUGACGAGUGGACAGCCGCAUACCGGCCUCUCACUUUAAAUAUGAACGAACUUGUUCAACUUGGAGGCGUUUUUCCAGAACAACUGCCGCAGACAAAUUUUAGAACUGCUUCUGCAUACUUCCUGGCGCUUGCAGAUAUGCACAUGAUCCACUUAUCUAUGCAGCGCAAUGCAAUCGAAUCAGCAGAGGAAUGUAGACGCAAAUAUCUAGCUAGAUGUUUGUUUCGGAAGUUAGCGCAGGAAAAUCGGUUAUGUUCCUAUGAUCAAGGUCCAUUUAAACUCUUCUGUGACGAUUUUCGACCCGCCAAUGUGCUUGCAAACUCUCAGUGCGGUUUCGGAUCGGUGGGAGCCAUUGAUUGGGAAUACUCCUAUGCCGCUCCCGUGGAAUUUGUUCACAGCCCACCGUGCUGGUUACUUCUAGAGCGCCCAGAAUACUGGAAAGGAGGUCUUGAGGAAUGGGCGCAAACUUAUGAAAAGCGUCUUUCCGUCUUCUUACAGGAACUACAGAAGAGAGAGAAUAACCUAAUUGAACGGGAAAUACUGACUGAAGGCGAUCGCCUGUCACAACAUAUGCUGAAAAGCUGGCAGAAUGGGGAUUUUUGGGUGUGUUAUGCUGCACGAAGGAGCUGGGCUUUUGAUAUGGUGUAUUGGGCCAAGAUUGACCGCCGGUUCUUUGGGGAUGGUAAUCUGGAGGACAGAUUAAACCUACUCAGUACGGAAGAGAGAGACGCUCUUGAUGAUUUCGUGAAGAGGAAGCUUGAAGAGAAGAACGCUCGCACUCUGUAA